CCCCAUGGAUAUACUGAUUCAUAUAUGGGCCCCAAGCAGCUUUCCCCUACUACCGCUUUCACAUACUUGGUAGAGACACAGAGUGAGAACUGCUUAUAGAAAUUAAUGGAGAUGCCCAGGAGUCGAGUGUAGCUCUGAUGGAUCUGAAUUUUCCCCAUACAUUUCAGGAAUGCAGUUUGCACGCAAAUCAGUGGAGCACAAGAUUUUUGCAUGCAGCUGAACGCUGGAUUUAGGCUGAGAGGAAGCCUGAAUGAACAAUGUUGGAAGACUGAUUUUGCUACAGCUCUUGAGUGUUUAGUAUGGGGAAUUUCUGGGUGGAAAUCUAAACUAUCUUCCGCAGUCCAACAUUUUUAAGUCCUGCAAAAUUCACACUGGACUACAUUUUGGGUUGUAUAAAUCAUCAUUUCAGCUACUGGGCUCCCGCUGCAAAAUGAAGUUAAUGGCCUGUACUUGCACUGGCCGUGCAUUUUUAAGAUGUUUGAUAAUUUUUUCUUUUAAAAAAAUCCCCCAAGCAAUUUCAGACUAGGAUUAAGGCAUUAACGGCUUUCGUUGCUGUUCCCUUUUGGAUGAGGCUGGGGAGACCACUCUCUGCUGGUUCAAGAACAGCUACAUUAAAAAAAAAACAACCCAAGAUUUCUCCAUUGAUUUCUAUGAAUAGCUCUCACUUCCGCCCGACAGAAACAAAAACGAAGAAGUGUUCUCUGGAAAAUAGAUAAGUUACUCCUGAUGUUUCUUAUUUCUAUACAUGCACUGCCAAUGACGUCAUGACGCCCCCGUAACGUCAGAGGGCGGGCUAUUUCUUCGUACCCGCCAAUAGAAUGUAGACCAGGUUGAAUUCAAAGAAGCUGUUAGUAGCGGAAGAUCGGUCACACCUGGUAAAGUCUUGGCGGUGGCCAUGGUAGUGGAAGUGCGUGGCUUCUUCGGGGUCUAUCUUCUGUAUUGCACCAACCCUCGUUACCAAGGCCGGGUCUACGUUGGCUUCACAGUCAAUCCUGAACGGCGUAUUGGUCAGCACAAUGCUGGGAAGCACCGUGGCGGGGCCUGGAAGACAAGCGGCCGUGGGCCUUGGGACAUGGUGCUGAUCGUUCAUGGCUUCCCUUCCGAUGUGGCUGCCCUGAGGUUUGAGUGGGCCUGGCAGCACCCACACGCUUCCCGCCGUCUCACUCACAUCACCCGCCGCACCUCCCGGGAGACGCGCUUUGACUUCCACCUGCGCGUCUUAGCCCACAUGCUCCGAGUGGCCCCCUGGUGCCGUUUGCCUCUGACUAUUCGCUGGCUCAAGCAGGAAUAUCGCCGAGAUUUCCCCGCUGGCUUGGAACCCCCACUGCACAUGCCAGUGGCCUUUGGGCAGGUCCGAGCUGUCAAGGAGACCAAGGAAGCAAGAUCAGUGCCCACAGAGGGACUGACAGCUGUUCCAAAACGCUGUAGUGUCUGUCUCAAAAGGUUCCAGGAUGAGGAGAACGACAGCCCCUUGCACUGUUUCCACUCUGGCUGCACCAUGGCUGCUCAUAUUACAUGCCUGGCUCAAGUUUUCCUAGAGAAAGAGCCAGAUCAGUUCCUGCCCAUAGAAGGGCAAUGCCCAGGCUGCAAGAAUCUUGUGCUCUGGGGAGAUCUGAUUCGGCACUAUAAAGGUUGCUAUGGCAAUCUAGAGGCAGAUCCUACCUCCUCCCAGGAACAUUGGACCAAUGAGCUGAACUGUGAAGGAGCCUGUAUGUGAAAACCCUGAUCAAAACGGACCCCUCCCUUCCCUUCUGGACAAUGGCAGAGUCCCUAGGAAUCCUCACACUUAAUGUGGCCCUUCUUUAAACCCUCUUCUCCUCUUUCUCUCAGAGGGCUGGGCUCCCAAAAUCAGCUUCCUUUACUUUCCCAGCUGGACCUGGGAUCUUUGAAUUCUGAACACUAUAAUCAUGUAACAAAAGACUUAUUCAUUUUUAAACAUUGAAUAAUUAAAUUAAAAAACCAAGAAUUGGGCAGGAUUUCUGUGAAAUAAUGGGGUGGGGGACAGAAUUCCUUGAAUCUCUGGCAACAGAAUAGAAUCAAAGCUUGCUAGACUUGUAAAAGCCCCUGCAAAACCAGGAUGCCUGAGUUUUCUUAGAAAUACACAGGAUUGAUACCUAUAUGAGCAUAUGAGAGUCAGUGUGGUGUAGUGGUUAGCAUGUUGGACUAGGACUGGGAAGACCCGAGUUCAAAUCCCCAUUCAGCCAUGACACUCAUUGGGUGACUCUGGGCCAGUCACUUCUCUCUCUCAGCCUAACCUAUCUCAGAGGGUUGUUCCUUGGAAGAAAAACAGGAUAUAUAAAUGUUUUCAUUUGUGCUGCUGCAACUCAAAAUGUUGAAUGGGAACAGGCUAUUCAGUUGCAGCUACAAGAGAAAAAAAGAACCUGUGAACCCAGAGAGUGUAAGUAGAAAUUACUUCUAGUUUAUGCAGCCUCUGUAGUUUGAGUGUGUACCGAAAACCUAGAGCACUGUCUAAAAUUAAUCUCCAGUUUUUCUACCACGACUACCAUGUUUCUUCUGCAUUUCUGCUCUCUGUAUUAUAAGAGGCCUUCUGAUUGGUGCUGGAGGCAGAAUACAGUAACUGCUGUAUUUUACGAUUUGUAAAAAUGGAUAUUUGUACAAUUGUAAAAUACAAUUUGUAAAAAUGGAUAGCCAGUGUUGUUCCUUUGUCCCUAUAGUGCUACACGCAGCUGAAAAUCAGGAUCGAAUGUCUAGUGGGGCUUCUCCACUUGAGCCUGCAUAACUCUUCCUAUGCUCCAUUUGCCUCUUAUAAGCUACAAGCUUUGGGGCUUUGCCACCACCAUGCUUAUCUCACACAUCCCCAAAUACUUUUUUGCAUUAGGAGGAGAUGCUGUGCUGGGGUUGGAUACGGACAGUUGCUUUCCCCUUGCUAAAUAUAAGAGAAUCACCACUUUAAAGGGGGCCUCUCUGCUCAGUGAGCAGGGGGCAUUACAAGUAGAGGUACAGAAAAGCCCUAUGCCCAGUACCUGUCACACUAAAAUGGAUUUUCAGGCAGAGGAUGAAUCUGGACGAGGCACUGGGCAGAAGUUUUGUGUGGAGUGUUCCCUUAUAGCAGAGAUACUGGCCACCAUCCAAACUAACGCUGCCCCUGCACAACAAAGCUGGGCACCUGCAAGUAGGUCAAAUCACUGGGGGAAAUCCCAAAGUAGCAUUUCUGCACAGAUGUCCCCUGCAACGUAAAUGGACAGAGGAGCCCCACAGGUUGUGUACUUUGUUGCACAAGUGCAAGGAUGUUUAUGACAAGGAUGUUUAUGUUCUCCUUAAAGAACCUGUUAGGGAUAGAUCAGUCCUGAAGAGCUAUUCUGAUUGGUAGGGGCAGGGGCAGAGGGCAUCCUGCCCUGCUGACACCCCCAAUAAUCAGCCUCCCGAAGUGACUGCCUCAAAGGUACUUCCCAACUGUGGCUUUUUAUAUCGAACAUGAAAAAUACAUAGUUCUUGAUGCAAGGGAAGAAAUAAGCUUAGUUCUGAAGCACUUGAAAAACUAAUGUUCUUUUUCUGGACUGUUCAAAACAUGCUACGUUAUCUUGUCUCAGUAAUCCUUUCAAGUCCUGUUUGGUAGCCAGCAUGAUUGUCCCUGUAUUGCACGUGGGAAGGGGAAGACUGAGAGAACAUGGCUUCCUUAAGGUCUCUGAAUAAGUUCACGGAUGAGGCGAAAGUUGAACCAGUGACUUUUCAGAUCACGUUGUUAGCCAUUAAAGUAUAUCAGAUGACCAGCUGAUUGGAACUGGAAAGUUUGUUUACAUAAGUGGAUGUAAUUUCCCCAUUGUGCUCUGGGUUCUCCAUUUCAUAAUAGUGACCAGCUGUGGGGAAUCAGGAAUAUAUGGCAUACCUCUACUCCCCCAAACCAAAUUAGCCAUAACAGCUAUGUGUACGAGCCCUUAGAUUUGGAUAUGCUCAGGCCUGUAUCUAUUCUGUGCUGAAAAAGAAAAGGUCAAAAGGUAAGCUGGAUUUCUUAACCAUGCACUUAAGGAACAGCUGUGACUGCAGACAAUUUUUUCUAGAACAUAACUUAAUUUUUGACUGUUUGGUUUAUAUGUUGUACAUUCAAAAUGUGUGCGCUGCUACUAAAUAGAAUAAUUGUGGGGGAAAUUGGAAAUAAAGUAUUAAAGAGAU